UGUAUCAAAUCGAACUCCAUCUCUAACGCCAACAAGUUCUCACACUUUACCUCCUAUGCACAAGUGUGAAAGCAUUAACAGACCUUCAAGACGGAGGGAAAAAAGUUUUACUCACCGCCUCGAAUGAAAGUACUAAUGUUGAAAGGACGAGCCCCCAAUUGUUACGGUUUCUCUUCGUCUAGGGUUAAGGAACGUAACAAGGCCACGUGGAGAGAGAGAAUGGCUGAGGUCUCCAGGUCCCAAGAAUUUUACCCAACUUCUUCAGUGCCAAAAAAUAUACGGAAGAAAACAAAAUGGCAAUGCAAAUAACCAAGCUCAAUGUUUCCACCUCUAACGAGGAAGAAGAAAUACUUGCAGCCCAAGAUUAUAAGUUCAUCAACGUUGAUCUCAAUGAAGGUACUGGUGGAAACCAGGUCCUUCUUUGGUACAAGAAAGAGUGCGGCAACAAACCUGUGACCAGGAUCCAGUUUUCAUUCUUCAGCCACAUGAAAUCUGGUCUGGCCGAGGCUGGGUAUGAGGCGGUCAACAAAGAUCUGAAUGCAGGAGUUUGUGGAGAUAACAUCUAUCUGUGGUACUUCUGUGGCAACACAAAACAAGACAUUCCUAUUGUGGACCUCAGCAUAACCAAAGAUGCCAGAGAGGAGCCUACUCUUCUGCAAGAUGGCUGGGAGAGACUGGGCUGUGAUCUGAACCGUAAUGCAAGAGGAAACUUUAUCUAUCUGUGGGUGAAGAGAGAGAAGCCGAGCUACAUCUGUGAAAUCGCAGCAUCUGUUGACUUCACUUCAGACAAGUACAUGUUUGAACUGGGCUACACUCGUGUGGAUGAAGACACCAAUCGCAAUGCUCGAGGAAACAAAGUCUUCCUGUGGUAUCGGCGCACAACCGAUAAGAGCACAGCGCUCACUGCUCUCAACAUAUCCACCUCCCUCCAGGAGGAAUUAAAGCUCCAGUGUGAAGGCUUUAAAAAGCUCUGUGUUAAUCUUAAUAAAGGAACCAGUGGAAAAGAUGUCUACGCAUGGCACAUAAAAGCAGGAUGUCAAUCGCAGAUCCAAGCCAUAGUUCUGCUGAUCAACCCUAGGGCCUUCCUUGAGUAUCAGAAAGCCGGUAUCAACUUUGUCGACAAAAAUCUGAAUGAUGGAAACAAAGGCUGGCCAAUGUACAUAGCCUACAAGUAA